CGUUCAUGGAUUGAAUGAUUUAGUUUUUUUGAGUACUUGAGGUUUUAAGUGUUGUUGUUUGGAGUUUGCCGUUAGUUUUCUCUGUUUUGGGGCUAGCAUAGUUAUGGCGCCCCCAUCAACGGGUGAAGUAGCGGGACAGCAGGGAGAACCAGGGCGAGGAGGGCAGCAGCAGCAACCAGCAGGACUUGGGCAGACGGUGACGGGGGUAAUAAGGAUUGCGAUAUUUUUUUAUUUCAUCAGUAAGUUCUUCGGUCCCAAGCAACCAACUGAACCUUCCCAGCAGAUCUCCAAUCUCUUCAACAAGGGCGAACUCCUGGAUAUGUGGUUGUAUCUUUCACAGCAUGAAAAGUUUAAUGACUUCAGUAACGAGGGUGCCCUUAUUUGGCACGAGACAAACAUUCCAUAUGCAAGUUGGGGACUUGAUGGUACAAGGUCUCGUUUCAUUAAAUAUAUUCCAUCAGAGUCCCUGAAGCACAAUGGUAGUCUAUAUGCACAUGUUUUCUUUGCACGUUCUGGUUAUCCUCCAGACCCUAACGAUCCGGAAUAUCAGCAAUUUAUGGCCUUUGGGAGGACACAUCCUGUUGUAAUGUACCUACCCAAGUCAAAAGCAAAUAAGAGGAAGAGCUUGUUGGGGAAUGCCAAAGGCUCUGAAGAGGGCGAAAAUGCAUCUGAGGUGGUAGAUGAAAGUCGGACUGAUUCAAAAGAUGAUGGUCCAACAGAAUGGGUUUCAUAUUGGAAACCAAAUAUUACAAUUAAUUUGGUCGAUGACUUUACACGAUACCCUCAUAAUGCUAUUCCACCAAAUAUUGCUCCUUACUUGAAUGUUGACCCUAGUACCGGGAACUACUAUCCGAUGGUUUUCUUCAAUGAGUUUUGGCUGCUUAGAGAUAAGUUGAUCUCAAUCAACGACACGGUGACAGAACUACCACUGAAUUUGGAGGUGGGUCCCAUUAGCACGACAAAGUGGCAACUAUUCUUACAGAUUGAGCAGUCUUUCCAGCUUCACCGUAGUUAUGGAAGCAUGCUGGAAGGCGAGGCAGAUGAACUUAAGAGGGUGUUUUUGGAAGGGAAUCCUUACCUCCUGAUGGUUACGAUGGUGGUGUCUUUACUACAUUCCGUGUUUGACUUCUUGGCGUUUAAGAAUGACAUCCAGUUUUGGAACAAAAACAAAUCUAUGGAAGGACUCUCAGCAAAGUCAGUUGUUGUGAGCUUUAUUAGCCAGCUGAUUGUAUUCCUCUACCUUCUGGAUAAUGAUACUUCAUGGAUGAUUCUUGCAAGUUCUGGCGUUGGUGUUUGCAUUGAGUUUUGGAAAAUCGGCAAAGCAAUGCACAUAGAGAUUGAUAGAAGUGGAAGGAUACCUACGUUGAGGUUCCGAGACCGCGAUUCAUAUGCACACAACAAGACAAAGGAGUAUGAUGAUAUUGCAAUGAAGUAUCUGUCCUAUGUGCUCUUCUUACUUGUGGGAUGUUCUGCCGUUUAUUCUCUCAUUUAUGAGCGUCACAAGAGCUGGUACUCAUGGAUCCUUUCAUCACUCACAAGCUGUGUAUACAUGUUUGGUUUCAUCAUGAUGUGUCCUCAGUUGUUCAUAAACUAUAAGUUGAAGUCGGUUGCUCAUCUUCCCUGGAGACAGAUGACGUACAAGUUCCUUAAUACCAUCAUCGAUGAUCUCUUUGCAUUUGUCAUUAAAAUGCCUAUGCUCCAUAGGCUGUCUGUUUUCCGAGAUGAUGUUAUCUUUCUGAUAUAUCUGUAUCAGAGGUGGGCUUAUCCAGUUGACAAGAAGCGUGUGAAUGAGUUUGGUUUUGGCGGUGAAGAUGAAGCUGAGGCCACAGGUGGUACUAACAUUGCUGCUGUGAAGGCUGAUGAAAAGAAGACGAACUGAGCAGGUUUUUGACAUUUUUGAACAAGUUGUACACUGUAAAAUUGAAGCAGGAUAUACGUUUUCAUUCCUUAGGGUUUUUCUUUAUAUAAAAACAUUGUUUUCCUGCAU